AUGAAAAUUCAGGGGAGAUUCUUCUCAGAAUUACUUACAAAACUUGCUGAUCUUAAAAGCUUGGUAUUGAGGGAUUUCACAGUAAGCGGGGAAUUAAGUUUUAAGAACAGAAUGAAUUCAACUAGUAUUGAAACUUCAAUGGUCAGUCUUGAAAAAGUAGAUAUUAGGGAUGUAAAACAUAUAUCCAAGGUUUCAAUUAGUGGACAGUACCUUUUCAGCCUUAAAUUUCUCCAUCUUGAAUGUCUGGAAGGUUUAAUUGAAGUGGAUUUAGGAAUGAAUGCAAAGUUAAACACAGAGGGACGUUCUGAAAUAGAAGAGUUACCAAGUCCUGCAUGUCCAUGCUGCUUAGAGAAAAUCAUCCUUGAUGGAUGUUGGAAGUUGCAGAAGAUAAAUGGUAUUGAAGAGUUGCAAGGAUUGAAAUAUCUACAUCUUUCAGCUGGUACUAUGCCUAUAUGGGGAUGCAUUAAAAUGUGGCAGAAAGUACCUUCAGAGGUUACUAGUUUAAAUUGGAAAUCAAAUGCUGAUACGGAGAGCGUUCUACGAAAAUUCAAUGAUGUAUCUUCUCUUAUUGGGCUAGAUGUCACGGUUACUGAAAUUCCUAGCAAUCGCGCGGCAGUUUUAGUGGAUCCUAUGACAGAACAACCCAGUGCAAUUAUCAUAUUGAUGUUAAUUGAAAGCUUUUAUAAAGGGAAAGAUUGUCGAAAGAGUUUAAAGAUUCCUCCUAUUGACUCCAUGGUGGCCAAUAUUGGAGAAGGAGAGUAUAUUGCUGUUGUUGUAGUCACGGAGGAAGAAAAAAUAAUCAAGAUGCAACAUGGGAUGUCCAAUUGUAUUCCGACGGUGUCGAAUGGUAGAGUAAUAAAAGGUUUUAUAGUAACCAUCCAACAAAGGGACAAAUCGAAAACCCUACCACUACUGCAAUAUCUUUGUUCUCAGUCUCAGGAACUAAUCAAUGUGCGGGGCAAUUUUAGGUUUAGAUAUAUUUCAGAAAAUUUAAAGGUUGAUUUUACAUCACCAAAUAAGCAGUAUGAUCUUGAAAAUCUUGUCCGAAAAGUCAUGAUCAGUGUGCAUUCACGAUUAACUGAUCGUCCUUGCAUUCAACUCCAAAGUUUGAAGAAUUUAAUCAUUUCUGGCGGGAGUUUCAGACGAUUGUGGCCGAGACAUCAAGGGGGCGCCUUUCAGCUGAAAGAGCUUGUGCUGGAUGGAAUAAGCUUGGAAGAGUUUCCAAAUUCAUUGGAAGUGUUAGGUCAUUUGGAAAAUCUAGUCAUUGCAGGAAUGGCAAGGGGUGAUUUUAUGGGAUUGGGUAGUUCUAUCAUUACAGGAAUGGCAAUGGGUGAUUUUAUGGGAUUGGGUACUAUAACAAUAAACGGGAGAUCCUUUUCUGAGUCACUUGGGAAACUCACUAAUCUUAGAAGCUUAGUAUUGAGGAAUUUGACAUUAAGUGGGGAAUUGAGCUUCAAGGAUAGCAUGGUGUCAACUACUCUUGGGACUCCGAUGGUCAGCCUUGAAAAGAUAGAUAUAAGAAAUGUACAGAAUAUAUCUAAGGUUUCAAUUAGUGGCCAGUACCUUCGUAGUCUUAGAUCUCUCAAUCUUGAAAAUUUGGUAAGUUUAAUUGAAGUAGAUUUAGGAAAGGAUGCAAAAUCAAAUAUAGGGGAAUGUUCUGGACAUCAAUGUUGCUUAAAGACAGACAUCGUUAAGAGUUGUCCAAUGUUGCAUAAAUUCAAGGCAAUUGCAGAAUUGAAAGGAUAUCUACAUCUUCGAGCUGGAUUCAUAAAUAUGUGGCAGGAAGUACCGUCACACGUUACCUGUAUAAUUUGGAGAUGUAAUUUUCGGCAAUCAAUUGGUGAAAUGAAGAAAAAUUUCGACGCAUCCAUUGCGUCAUCUGAUCUGUUUGAUUGCUCAGAUGUCAGAGUUACAAAAUUUCCUGACGAUCCCGAGGAAGAGUUAGGGUUUCCCGUGUCAGAAGAAACGUGUGCAAUUGUCAUGUUUGUGAUAUUUAAAGAUUUUCCUCCAGAGGAAUGGAUAGAGUUUCUAGGGAUUCCUUCUAUGGAAUUAGGCUGGGGAUUGAAACCUGUUGCUGCUGCUGUUGUAGUUAGGGAGAAGGGAAAAAUGAACAAGAUGCAGCAUUGGAUUCGUUCGGUGGUGCGUGGUGGAGUAGAUGUAGCUUCUAUGGCGACCUUCGAAGAAAGAGAGAAAAUCCGUGUUGAACUUCUUGUAGACUUCUGUAACAGGGUUCUUAUGUGGCGUCCAAAGUUUCAAGAAUAUAACCCCAUAUUUUCAUGGGGCUGUUUAAGUCUAUUUUCUGUUUAAGUCUAUUUUCUGCUUAAAAAUAAGCACUGAAAGUGUUCCCAUGAAAUUUUUUAAUUAGAGGGAAAGGAUA